AUGCGCGCCGCGCGCAAAGGUAAGCAGCUGCCCCCGACCCCGCGCCAGUCGGCGCCACAGCGUUGCCUGCCGCGUAGCGGGCUGGUCUUGAUCCGUCCGCUCUUCCCAGGUUACGCCUGGCUGUGCGCCCUGCUCUGGCUGCUGGGGAAGCCGCCAGGAGCCGUUUUCGUGGCAAUUUGUGCCCGGCAGGGAGACUCGAGCUGCCGCUUCUUGUCCGUGUCUGAUCUUUUCGACCGGGUGAUCCAGCACUCGGACAGGCUACACAGCCUCUCCACGGCGCUCUACUUGGACUUGGAAAAAAACUUUCUACCCAAUGGAAACGAGUUGGGCAAAUGGACAGGUAAAUGCCACACCUCCAGGAUGCUGACGCCUAAUGGCAAAGAGUAUGUCCAAAAAAUACCGAGAGAAGAACUAACUCACUUGAUACUGAGACUCUUGCAAGCCUGGAAGGAACCACUUUCCCACUUUGACCAGAAUAUUGGUCAUCAUCAAGAAUUAUCUAGUGACAGCCUGAGCAAAGCAAAGCAAAUCAGCAAUAUGGUGCAUGAGCUGAAGACUGGAAUGGAGAAAGUAACAGAGAAGAUGCAGUCAAUGGGGAUCAUCAGCAAUUUAUUGAAUGGAAUGGGAUCAUCAGAGGCAGCUGGUUUAUCCAUUAGUAAUGAAGCAAAUUUGAUGAGUGACUAUGAGUUUAUUCACUGCUUCAGGAGAGACUCCAAUAAAGUACAAAGCUACUUAAAAAUUCUUAAAUGUAGGAUUUGGCCAGGAAAUAGUUGUUGAGUUUUAAUCUGACAGGCAAUUUUCAGAAUUAAAGCUACAUGUUGUUUGCAAAGAUGGAACAAAAAUAAUUUAUAAAGGUUUUAUGACAUUUACAGUAAUAGUAAAUUAUUAACAUAGAAAACUAGUUUUGAAUGGGUUUGCCACUUAUUUAUUUUAUACUGUUAACCUACACAGUUGAAAUAUUAAAUAAGGCAUAAUGUGUGUAUGUGGGUUUCACACACCAGGAAGAGUAGAUUUCAGUGGUAGCGCAUAAAUCAGUUUCUGUAUUUACUGCAGUGUGACAUACUGUAAUUUAAAUAGCUCACACAUUUUCAGGUGUACAUAUUGUCACUGAAGCUAAACAUCAAUAAAUUAGCUAAGUCUUGGUACAAACAUGCAU